GUAAUCCUGGAUGGCCACGGACAAUACUCGCCAUUGGGACGAGGUGCAGCAUUAUCACGAGGUGCACCAGGCGCUCCAUCUUACCCUGGCGCACCGGAAUCUCCGGUAGGCCCUGCAGGUCUAGCUGAUGCUAUUGAGACAGGGGAUCCUAGUCCAUUUUCCCCACCCCGAGCGGGCUUUCCAGGAGGACCAGGCUGUCCGCUGGUCCAG